AUGGCACAACCUUUUGUCCUUGAAGAAGAGAAGGAGAACGAAAAUGGUAGUGAAAAUGUACCUUUAGAGUCUUAUGAUUCUAAUGAGGAGGAGGAGCAAGUUGAUGACUGUUUUCCCGAAAAAAAUAGUCUAGUAAUGAGGAGAGCCCUCCAAAUGCACGUGGAGGUUGAGAAAACCCCAAUUCAAAGAGAAAAUGUCUUCUUAACCAAAUGCAAGGUUAAUGAAGAUGUGUGUGACUUGAUUGUUGAUAGUGGCAGUGAAGCUAAUGUUGUGUCAAGUGAUCUUGUUAAGAAACUUGACUUGAAGACUACUAGACAUCCUACUCCUUACAAGUUGAGUUGGCUUGAUAAGAGCAAGAGUACGGGAGUUAGAAAACAAUGUCUAGUAAAAUUUCAGAUUGGUUCGUAUGUGGAUGAAAUUUUAUGUGAUGUCAUUCCCAUGGAUGCUUGUCACAUUUUGUUAGGGAGGCCAUGGCAAAGUGACAAAAAAUCAGUACAUGAUGGCCUAUCAAACACCUACACCAUUACUCACCAAGGCAGCAAGAAAGUGUUGCACCCCUUACCACCACAAAAAAGCCUUUCCCAAACACAAUCCCCACCACCACAAAAAGAGCCCAAAAGAAAGGACAUUUUGUUGCUUUCCUUAGAAGAAUUCGAAAACUCUUUGGAGAAGGAAGAUGAAGUGUUCUUAUUGUUUUCUAAAGAGGAACACGAAGGUUUUGUCCAACAAAACCCUAGGCUAGCCGCAUUGAUCAAGGAGUAUGAAGAUGUUUUUUCUAAUGAAUUACCACAAGGGUUGCCUCCUAUUCGUGGUGAAGGAAUUAAAGUUGAUCCAAGCAAAGUGGAAGCCAUUUCUUCAUGGCCAAUUCCAAAAACAGUCACGGAGGUUCGUUCAUUUCAUGGACUUACUUCGUUCUAUAGGAGGUUUAUUGAACAUUUUAGCACCCUUAUGGCUCCCAUCACCGAAUGUACAAAGAAGGGAAGCUUUCAAUGGACUCCACAGGCUCAAAAGGCGUUUGAGUUGGUGAAAAAGAAGAUGUGUGAAGCGCCGGUUCUAGCCCUUCCAGAUUUCAUGAAACCAUUUGAAGUGGAGUGUGAUGCAAGUGGAAAAGGAAUAGGGGCUGUCCUAAUCCAAGAGAAGAAGCCAAUUGCCUUCAUUCAUGGGCAAAAGAAGUUGAAUGCAAGGCAUGCUAAGUGGGUGGAAUUCCUACAAUCUUUCAACUUUGCAACCAAGUACAAGAAAGGCAAAACCAAUAUUGUGGCGGAUGCAUUAUCAAGAAGGCAUAAUCUUCUUGGAAUCAUGGAAACUAAAAUUCUUGGUUUCGAGGUCAUGAAGGAAUCAUACAAAGAUGAUCUUGAACUCAAGGAAAUCAUGGAGUCUUGCAAGAAUGGAGUCCACGGUUCAUUUGUCGUAAUAGAUGGUUUCCUUUUCAAAGGGAACAAACUUUGUGUUCCUAAAGGUGCAAUUCGAGAGUUGUUGAUCAAGGAAGCUCAUGGAGGAGGACUUGCUGGUCAUAUGGCUCGUGGAAAAGAUUCUAUCAUGGUGGUCGUUGAUCGGUUUUCAAAGAUGGCUCAUUUCAUAGCUUGUAAGAAGGUGGAUGAUGCGUUCAAUGUGGCGCAACUUUUUUUUAAAGAAGUGGCUAGAUUACAAGGUUUGCCUAGAACCAUAGUUUCGGAUCGUGACACUAAGUUUGUGAGCCAUUUUUGGAAGUCCUUGUGGAGGCUCGUGGGUACUAAGCUACUUUUCUCAACAAGCCAUCAUCCACAAACGGAUGGUCAAACCGAAGUGGUGAACCGAAUUCUUGGUUCUUUGCUUCGUGCCUUAGUGAAUAAGGGAGGUAAAUAUUGGGACUUGAAGUUAGCUCAUGCAGAGUUUUCCUACAAUAGAACUCCAAGCAAAACUACAAAGUAUUCACCUUUUGAAGUUGUGUAUGGUGUGAAUCCUUAUGUGCCGAUUGAUUACAUUUCGCUUCCUAAAGAUAAGUUCGUGCAUGGGACAGCCAAGGAGCAUAUAGAAUUCAUGAUUGAUGUCCAUAAAGAAGUUAGGAAGAACAUAGAAAAGGCAAAUGAGUCAUACAAGAAGCAAGCUAACAAAAACUUGAGAAAUAUGAAGAAGUUCGAAGUGGGUGAUCUUGUGUGGAUAUUCUUGCGCAAAGAAAGGUUUCCUAAACAAAGGAAACACAAAUUUAUGCCUAGGGCAGAAGGACUUUUUCAAAUAAUGGAAAAGAUCAAUGAUAAUGCUUACAAAGUGGACCUUGGAGGGCAAUUCGGAGUUUCAUCAACUUUCAACGUGGGUGACUUGGCUCCUUAUCUAGAAGAUGAUGAGUUGAGGGCAACUCCUUUCGAAGAAGGGGAGGAUGAUGCAAAUCAUGAAGAGUCUAUUAGUCCAAUCAAGCAUGAUCAUCCUACAAUUCCAAUUCACAAAGAAAUCAUUCUUGCUAAGUCAUUUGAAGAUCAAGUGUUAGAUACUUUUUGUGCGCAUGGACCGUUUCUUGCUAACCAAGGGUUUACUUGUUUACAUUCUGGUUAUGAAUGUUAA